CGGGGGGGUGCCGGGGAUGGGGGGCGGAGGUGUUGUUUUGCUCAAAGGGCAUGAGGGGGAGAGAGCCUUGGGAGAGGGGCUGUUGUGUUGAUUGAUACCGAGGAAAGGAGGAGGGAAUUGAAUGGAGAACGUGGAAUGGGCGAGCAAGACGGGUGGAUGAAACGGAUCGUUGUCGGCGGCCAUGGAGACUGGAGCGAGGUUGGAUUGGGGGUGUAGGCGGGCUGUCAUGAGUUAUGAUGUUGCAUUUUUGGGUUUCAAGUUCAAGUUUGUCUUCUCUCUUUCUGUUUUGUUUUUUCUUUUGCUGAUCCCCAUUCUUGUUCAUUGCAUACGUCUAUGGACGGGUUUUCUGGUUGCUUGCUUUGCUUGUUUGAUCCUGCUGAUCUGCCUUGGGGCAUGCAAUUUGGAAAUGGGCAUCGUCGUUUGGUCAUUCUGUCUUAUCUCUGCUGGGCUGCAUUCCGUCGCGGUGGGCUUGUUAUCUUGAUUCGAAUGGGCAUUGCUAGGUCGUUGGGCUCUUUGUUGAUAUAAUUAGUCGGAUACCAAUGGGAACUUUGACAUGCUGCUCCGACUCCUGAAUUCUUUGGGCACCCUUGUGGUGCUCUGCCUUCCGUUGUUAACGCGGGGGCAUUCAACCAGACCGGUUGAUGUGCUGUUCUCCUCCCCCCAUGCCACGUCGUUGUCUCUCGUCCCGUUUCCCGGGUGAGGUUUUGACUAGGAUUCCCCUCCUCCGAUGGUCUGGACGAGCGGUGAGCCUUUUGUCUGUACGUAAAUGUGACCCUACAAAGCUUCGAGAAUCCGAGGCGUUGGCAGGGUUACUCGGAACGUCACAGCACGUUCUGAAAAAGACGGUGAAGAAUGCCAUGUUGGUCUUCCUCUCUCGGAUAUUUCCACAUCUACGGAGUAGCUCCGGCUGCUCCGUUUCCAAACCCCGAACGCAACC